GCAGGCAAAAUGGAGGCGGCGGGCGUGUUCCCGGCGGGCGGGGCUGCCGUGCGGCCCGAGGGUCCGCCGGGCGCGGGCGGCCACAGCCGGGCCGCCCCGGGUGCCCGCAGCCCCGCAGCCGCCGGUGUGGCGCCUGCGGCACAGAGGCCGGGGCGAGACUGGAGGCGGGGUGCCGGCGGCGAACAAGGACGCCAUUAUCGGCCUCGGCCGCCGGAGCCGCGGCUCGGAGCUCCCGGGGAGGGGGAAGGGGGGAGACGGGGGAGGAGGGAAGGAGGGGGACGGGGCGGGGCUCAGGCGUCGGCAGGGAGGCAGCGGGCGCCAGGCUGCAGGGCGCGUCCGUGGCCCCCUGCCCUGUGGGCCUUCUCCCCGCGGGGCCGACUCUGCUGGAGGGCGGCCCACCCCGCCCGGCGCGCCCCGGUGCGGGCCCCGGUCUUACCUGUGCCUUCCCUUUCUUUAUCGUCCGCCAUCUUGCUGCGGAGCCCGCCCGGGAGAUGCCUGGCGUCACCCUGGGUCGUGGCGUCCUUGCCCCUUCCAGCCACCGCGCGAGUCUGGCCUGAGGCACCGGCGGCUCCGAACCCCGAGGGCGGGAGACCCCCGGGGCGGGGGCGGAGGGGAGGCUCGUCGCGCGCGCGCCUCUCCCUCCCGCUCCCCCUCCCCCCGCGCGCGCCCCCACCCCUUCCGCCCCUCUCCCGCGGCCCGAGCGCUGCCUUCUCCGGCCUGGGGGGUCGAGGGAGUGAGCGAGCCACGGGCCCCGUUCUCCCUCCUCCCGCCCCGCGUGGGGACUCGCAGACCCCACUCCCUCCCCGCCCGUGGGUACGACGGAUUUGAAAGCGCGGCCGGAGAGCCGGGGGCGGACCUCGCGGCUGGCCCGGGGGCCGGGAGGCCGGGCGGGCUCGGGGUGGGGGGCAUCCCAGCCGGCACCCCGACCCGGGCCGGCGGGGCCCACGCGCGUCGCCAAGGCGGCAGUGGCUGACACAGCCUGGAAGGGUCUCAUGGCAACGGAGACGGGCCCGGCGGGCCGCCUCGACCCCGACGUUGAAUGUCCUAGCUCGUGAGGUUGGACGUGACCUCCGGCUAAGGUUACUACUGAGAAGUUGUACCUGCCGCGUUUCUGAAACUUCGCAGCUGUCGCAGGGUGUUCCAUUUUUGUCUGGGUUUAAGGAUCAGCUCCUUCUGCUAGAAUUUUUUUUUUUAAUAAUUUUCUUGAAUUACGUGAUUCAAACGAAUACACGAUUUUAAAGCUAAUCUUGGAUGAUUUUUAAGUGUUUGCCUAUUAGUUUAAAGGAUAUUGUGUGAAAAUGUAUGAACUGUUAACUGUAAAUGUUGAAACCUUCAGAGUACAAGGUACUACUCUGUGAUGAUUUUCUUAACAUUCUCCUUUUAUUCUGGUCCUGUGAUUUCUCAGUAAGCCCAGAAGCCAACUGUUCUUAAUUAAAAUAACCUUUUUCUAUAGAAUGUACUCGUUUGGUGCUGUGACCAGCAUUCUCUUUUUUGAAACUGAUGAGAAACUAUUGAAUCAUCACAAAAUGGCUUCUGUUAGAAAAUAGGUACUUACAUAAAACGAAUACGGUUGUUUACAGUUAAUUCUGGACUUCCCAGAAUAUGGGAAAGUAAUCAUUAGCAUUGACAUAAUAUUUAAAUUUCGUAGUCAUUAUAGUCUGGUAGUUUGUUUUGAAAGACGCCCUCUUUGCAUAUAGAUAAUGAAGGGCUUUGAAAUAAAAGUCGGAAAACCUCAGCUUUGGGCUCGGGUUGACUUCUCACCCACUGUGCCUUCUCAUAGGCUGUUUGCAGUUUCCUUUUUCUGGAAUGCCCUCCCCCAGCCCCUCCCUGCCCUAACAUUCACCCUCCCACAGACACUGGGGCGGCUCCCUCCCAGUUGUCAGUGACCUCCUUGAAGGACACCUGCACCUUGAAGCUUUCCGGGUCAAGCUUUUCCUUACAGGAGUCCAGAACUCACAUUCUAGAGCCUCUUCGAUUGAUUUGCAAUGACUUUGUAUAUUUGCUUGUACUGUAAGCUCUUGAGGACAGGAAACACUUUAUUUGUCCCUGUAUCCCCUGUGCCUACAAUAAUUCUUAAAUUCUUGCAUCUGAAAUAAUACAUGUUUUAAAAAAUUAAAGACUGGGGUUAGUCUUUCCAAUGACUUAUUAAGAAAUGAUUAUUUAGAGGCGCCUGGAUGGCUCAGUAAGUUAAAGCCUCUGCCUUUGGCUCAGGUCAUGAUCUCAGGGUCCUGGGAUGGAGCCCUGCAGGCUCUCUGCUCAGCAGGGAGCCUGCUUCCUCUCUGCCUGCUUCUCUGCCUACUUGUGAUCUCUGCCUGUCAAAUAAAUAGAAUCUUAAAAAAAAAAA